AUGGCAAUGGUUACCGAUGGAGACCAGGAGUUCAGGGAGCUCGAGAGUGCGGCUGCAGGGAAACCAAGAUUAUUGAAUGAUGGAAGCUGCCUGAAAUCUCUAGACGCCAGAACCAAAUCAGAGCCAUUAGCCCUGGUUUAUCAGAGCAUCUCUCGACCAGAGUGGGGUGGUCUGAUUGCUCUCCUGUUACUUAUCCUACUCUUCACGCUGGUACUCUACACCCGUCAGCGCUGGUGCAGGCGUCGACGUGCCCCUCAGAAGAGUGCAAGCACUGAGGCCACACAUGAGAUUCACUACAUCCCUUCUGUUCUUUUGGGUCCUCCGCAGAGCAGGGACAGCUUCCGUGGGCCCAGACCCCUCCAGCACAGCUCCGUCAUCGGUAUGCCUAUCCGUGAGACACCCAUCCUCGACGACUGUGACUGUGAAGAGGACGAGCAGCCUGGACAUCUGCUAGAUGGGAAAGCACAUCUAGAAGAUGACUUGUGCAGCCAGGGGACCCACAGCGUGAAUAGCUUUGGGAAAGGGAUGGGAGAGGUGAACCACAAACACAGUCUGGAUAAGAGAGCGCCGGACCCCGAUAAGGAGAGCGUAGAGGCCCUGAUGCAAAGGUUUAAGGAGAGUUUCCGGACCAACACCACUAUGGAAAUAACACACUUCCAGAACGUUGCACACAGCUCCUCCACUGGCCGUAAGAGAGGACCUGCUCACACCAGAGCUGGUAGCGUGUUUGGCCGUCAGGUAGACUCUGGAUCAGAAAUGGAUGAUGACACUCAACUCAAGUUCUACACGGAGCACAGGGGCCGCCGCCGCACCAAAGGCUGCCCUCAGAGUCCCAUGAGCAAGGUCACGUUAACACUGAUCACCGUCUGCACGUGUGUGGUGGCAGUCGUGUACGGCACACAAACGUCCUGUCCUCUCACCGUCAAGGUCACGCUCCACGUUCCUGAACACUUCAUCGCUGACGGAAGCAGUUUUGUGGUUAGCAUGGGCAGUUAUCUGGAUGUCUCCAACUGGUUAAAUCCAGCUAAACUGACUCUGUACUACCAGACCAACACCUCCACCCAGUGGGUGAGAGACUACUGCGGCCAGAGAACGACUGACCCCUGCGAACAGCUUUGUGACCAGGACACUGGGAAAUGCAGCUGUCUGGAAGGUUAUGCCCCUGACCCUGAGCAUAAACAUCUCUGCGUCCGCACUGAUUGGGGCCGCAAUGAAGGUCCGUGGCCUUACUCAAACUUGGAAAGAGGUUACGACCUUGUCACAGGCGAACAGGCUCCAGAGAAGAUUUUCAGGUCGUCCUACAGUCUGGGUCAAGGCCUAUGGCUGCCAGUCAGCAAGAGCUUUGUGGUUCCUCCAGUGGAGCUGUCAAUCAACCCUAUAGCCAGCUGUAAGACGGACGUGUUGGUUACAGAGGACCCUGGAGAAGUGCGGGAAGAGGCCAUCAUGUCUACAUAUUUUGAGACGGUGGACGAUCUGCUCGCGUCGUUUGGUCCAGUGAGGGAUUGCUCUAAAGACAACGGCGGAUGUCGGAAAAACUUUAAGUGUGUUUCAGACAGAAGGAUGGACUCGACUGGCUGCAUGUGCCCAGAAGGACUGAGGCCCAUGAAGGACGGUUCAGGCUGCUAUGAUUACUCUCUGGGAACGGACUGUACGGACGGCUUCAACGGAGGCUGUGAGCAGCUGUGUCUUCAGCAGCUGGUUCCUCUUCCUGAUGACCUGACGUCCAGCAAUGUCCUCAUGUUCUGCGGGUGUGUGCAGGAAUACAAGCUAGCCGCUGACGGCCGCUCCUGUCUUCUUCUGGCUGAUCACUGUGAAGGGCCAAAGUGUCCGAAACAAGACUCACGCUUCAACGACACGCUCUUCAGCGAGAUGCUCCGCGGGUACAAUAACAAAACUCAACAGGUGAUCCUGGGACAAGUUUUUCAGAUGACCUUCAGGGAUAAUAACUUCAUCAAGGAUUUUCCGCAGCUGGCCGAUGGUUUAAUGGUGAUUCCUCUGCCGGUGGAGGAGCAGUGCCGAGGAGUUCUGUCAGAGCCUCUGCCCAACCUGCAGCUGCUCUCAGGAGACGCUCAGUUCAGUGAAGCCACAGGAUACCCCAUGAUGCAACAGUGGAGAGUGCGGAGUAACCUGUAUAGAGUGAAGCUCAGUGCCAUCACCCUGUCCACAGAUUUCUCAAAGGUGCUGAAAUCCCUGACGGCGGACUGCACAAGGGAUGAGUUGCUUGCAUUUAUUCAUCAGUACGGCAGUCAUUACAUCUCUGAGGCGCUGUAUGGUUCUGAACUCACCUGCAACAUCUACUUUCCCAGCAAGAAGUCCCAGCAACAGCUCUGGCUCCAGUACCAGAAAGAAGUCACAGACCAGGGUGGCCGGCGGGACUUGAAAGCAGUGCCGUUCAUCAGCUACCUGUCGGGCCUGCUGAAGACGCAGCUGCUGUCUGAUGACCUGGUGGCCGGUGUGGAGAUCCGGUGCCAGGAGAAGGGCAGCUGCCCGGCUGCCUGUCACCUGUGCAGACAAGCGGGCCGUGAGACACCCAGCCCGACACCAGUCCUCUUGGAAGUGAGUCGCAUCGUGCCCCUGUACAGCCUGGUGCAGGAUAACGUUACUAAAGAGGCUUUCAAAAGUGCCACGAUGAGCUCAUACUGGUGUGCGGGGAAGGGUGAUGUCAUCGAGAACUGGUGCCGCUGUGACCUAACAGCGCUUGGCAAAGACGGGCUUCCCAACUGCAGCCCCCUGCGGCGGCCCGUAUUGAGACUGGCUCCACACCUGGAACCCUCCAGUACGAUGGUGGCGCUGGAAUGGAUUGAUGUUGAACCUCUGAUUGGCUACAAGGUUUCAGAUUACAUCAUUCAACAUAAGCGAGUCGAGGACCCAUCAGAGGCGGAAAUCUACACAGCUCUCGAGGGAUCUGACUGUUCGUAUUACAAGCGCCUCUCGCUGCGGACGCUUCGCUCCCGGAGGGCUCUCUUCGAGGAGGGAGCCCUUGCCAGCGUUCCUCAUGGCUCAGGCCCCACUGCUGCCAAGGCAGAGCAGCGGCGGCGGUCGUGGGGAUCGCAAAUGGAUCUGGAGGGAAUGGAGAUGGGCGAGUCCUUUUCUUCUUCCUUGACCACCAGAUCCAGCGCCCCCUCCCAAGGUUUGGAAGCACGCUCCGAGGGAGCGUUUUCUUCCCCCCGAGGUGAGGGCUUGAUGCUCAGAUUAUUGUCCUCCGAGGAUGGCCAGGUCGAGAGGGUCGACGAAUCCCCUCAGUCCACCCAGUAUGAGGAGUUAGUGGAGGGAUUAACUCGUUCUGUGGCCAAAUUAAAUCUGGAAUGGCCCACUGAGACGGUCUAA